UUGCGUACGCGCAGGGCCGGUGCGUGCUUCCUGCCUUCACACGCGCAUGCGUCGUUGUCGACGGUGACGGCGGCCAUCAUGGCGGUGUGUGGCGCGGCGGUUGCAGCGGCGGCAGGAGGAGGGAGACGCUGGUACUUCAGCCGGGAACAGCUUGCGCGGAGUCCUUCCCGUCGCGCGGGGAUGGACCCGGAUAAGGAGCUGUCCUACCGGCAGCAGGCGGCUAAUCUGCUUCAGGAUAUGGGCCAGCGCCUCAAUGUUUCUCAACUGACUAUCAAUACUGCUAUUGUCUAUAUGCAUCGAUUCUACAUGGUUCAGUCCUUUACUCAGUUUCAUCGGAAUUCUUUGGCGCCAGCUGCCCUUUUCCUGGCAGCCAAGGUGGAGGAACAACCCCGAAAACUUGAGCAUGUCAUCAAAGUUGCCCAUGCCUGCUUGCAUCCUCUAGAGGCUCUUCCAGAUACACGGAGUGAGGCUUACCUGCAACAAGCCCAAGACCUGGUCAUUCUAGAGAGCAUAAUACUGCAGACCCUGGGAUUUGAAAUCACCAUUGAUCAUCCCCACACACAUGUGGUGAAAUGCACGCAGCUUGUUCGAGCCAGCAAGGAUCUGGCACAAACUUCUUACUUCAUGGCUACCAACAGCCUUCACCUAACCACCUUCAGCCUGCAGUACACCCCUCCCGUUGUGGCCUGCGUCUGCAUCCACCUGGCCUGUAAGUGGUCCAACUGGGAGAUCCCAGUCUCCACGGACGGGAAGCACUGGUGGGAGUACGUGGAUGGCACUGUAACUCUGGAGCUUUUGGAUGAGCUAACACAUGAAUUCCUGCAGAUCCUUGAAAAAACUCCUAGCCGGCUGAAACGAAUCAGGAACUGGCGGGCAAUCCAGGCAGCCAGGAAAUCAAAACCAGAUGAGCAGGGUGAUGAUGAUUGUCUCUCGGAACAGACAAUCCUCAGCAUGAUCUCCAGAAGCUCCUCUGACACGACCAUUGCAGGUCUGAUGAGCAUGUCAACUUCCUCGACUGCAGGGACUGUGGCUUCACUCCCAAGUACCACAGCUGACUCCCCAGGAGAUCUGGGCAGUACAGACGCAUCAGACAGCUGGAUGGGUCCGAUCAAGCUAGAGGUUAGCCAUAGGCCUCAUGAAACCUCUCUUAGCACAGAUCAUUCACAUCAUGACAGCAGUAGAGGCUCCUUCUCAAAACAAAGCAGCAAGAGUGCACCACUAGCAAAAGUGUCGUUAAAGGAGUACCGCGCCAAGCACGCUGAGGAGUUGGCUGCACAAAAACGUGAGCUGGAAAACAUGGAGGCUAAUGUGCGCUCUCAGUAUGCCUACGCUGCUCAGAACCUGCUUGUGCAGCAGCAGCGGGAGCGGGAUGUGCAGCAAGAGAACAAUCCAUCUUCCAUCAUCCUGAAGAUCCCCUUAAGCAGUAGUACUGAUGGUUUGGAACGGCCCCCAGCUGAGAAGGCUGACAAACCUUCCUCUGCCCUUAAAGUGCGCCUCCCUGUUUCAGGGGACAAAGCCGCCCUUCCUUCCUCCAAGCCUGAAGAAAUAAAAGUACGCAUCAAGGUGCCAACUACCUCAGAACGGCACAGCUCAUCUGAUGAGAGUAGUGGCAAAAGUCGGGGUGAGCAUAGGGAAAAACAUAAGGGCCACUCAGCCAACCAUCACCAUCACAAUCAUCACUCUCACAAACAUUUGCACACACCGCCAGUUGCAAGCACCAAGCGACCAGGAGACUCUAAGCAUAGCAGCCAGAGUGGCAUGGCACCCCACAAAGGUUAUGUCCCAACUUGUUCCUCCCGUAAGAGACCCCUGGCUGAGGAGGUAUCGACUCUAGCACACGAACACCAGCCUAAAAUCAGCAAGGGUUCAAAAGGGCCCACCGUGUCAUUUCCCUUCCCUCAACACCCUGGACAUAGCUUGGAUGCAGCCAGUUUAUCUUUUACCCAGGGCAACAAAGCCAGAGCGGCUCAUGGAAAACUGGACAAGAGUACAGCAGGAGCCAAUGGGCAUAACAUGAACCAGACUAUUGACUACCAGGAUACAGUGAACAUGCUGCACUCCCUGCUCAGUGCACAGGGCAUGCAACCCACGCAGCCACCCAGUUUUGACUUUGUGCACUCAUACGGCGAGUUCUUGAACCCCAGGGCUGCUGCCAGUGUGGAUAACUCACGGCCACCGCCUCUGCCCUCAGAACCUCCCCCUCCCCUACCGCCUCUUCCCAAAUGAUGACCAUUUUGACAACUGAGGUUGGGUUGUCUUCUGCAGAGGACAAGUGGCUCAGUGAUUUCCACUGCCUUGUGUGAAUGCCCUUUACACCUCCCCUCCCCUUUUUAAGUGUUUUUAUUCUUGGUAUGAGAAUGUGGAGCCCUUGAAGCUGUGAAAGGGUGUACCCUCUUUCUGUGUGUGCUUCCCCCACCUUCCCCUCCAGUUCUACUGGAAAGAGAUGGGAAUAUGUGUUGCCUGUGAGACUGAGCCUCGAUAUGCAGAGUUUUGAAGUUCAUCAACCAACAGUACAGAGGGGCACAGGGCUAUUGUCACAGUCUUUCUCUUUCUAAAAAGACAUUUUAAAAUAAUUUAAAAUAAGUUAUAUAUGUUCUUAGUGUUGAUUUUAUUUUUCUAAGAUGGACAAGGAAGGGGUUAGAGUGGAAGCUUUUGGAAGUAGGGCUUUUGGGCUCUACCUGCUUACUCUCUAAGUGCAUCUGGUCUUGGUGGAUGUUUCUUUCUGGAUGGAAGCUGUGGAGGUUCUAAAAGGAGGAGAAGAUAGGUGUGGGAAAGACAUGAACGUUUACCAGAGUAAUUGGGGUCUGGUAGGUGGUGGUGGGUUUUUUCUUUCAUUUUUAUUUUGGCCCAGUUCCCUCUGCCUUAGUUUUUGGCUGCUCCCCAGUGAAUGAAUGGAGACAAUGCAGACCCCAUAUUUCCAAAGUAUUUUCAGAACAACAAAGAAAAGAUGUGUGAAAUUGUGGACUUUGUCCAGCCCUUCCUGCUGAGCAGGAAUAUGUAAGAACCCAGCUUCCUUAACUUCUCACUUCCCUCCUUAACCACACUGCUUCCAUUGGGAUGUCCUGUUACUGUGCCUGCCACCUAAAUGCAGUCAGAAGAUUAAGGACUAGCUAACUGAUGCAUUAAAAAGAAUGCAGAUUGGAUCACAUAAAGAAUAAGCAUGACUGUGUCCUCCUGUGGGAACUCAGAGUGCCUUCAGAAAGAAGAGUUCUUACAGCGGGAAAAGGUGGGGCUGCUCUGGGAGUUGGAGAUGGAAGGAAGUUAGAAAGCCUGUGUAAAUGUUAGAACAGUAAUCGUGAUUCUGGGAUGCUUUAAAUUGUAUUUAAACUGCAUUAUGAGAUAUGAGAUUUUCACAUUUUAUUAGAGGGCGGAAAACUACUUUUCAAAGUCUGUGUGAAGACAGCAACAAAUGGAAUCAGACAAAUUUGGAUUGCAGAAUGGAAGAAGUGAGAAGAGCUGAUAAAGCAUUGAUGAAUUUUUAGGAACCUACUUGUCUUCUCAUUUCCAGAUAUCUGUCAGCACUACAAAAUUGUGGCCAGCCAGGGGGUAUCCUGCAUUGAUUUGAGUCCUAGGGGGUGUGGAAAGUGACCCUUGCUAAUGAUAGUUCCAGAGAUGUAUCCCAAUCAAAGGUUGCGAAGCAAACGGCAUACUGACUGGCCUAAUUCUCCAAUCCUGUUAAAUUAAUAGGGCUAAUUUUUAAGUAGGGCCAUUUUACUUGGAAUUUCUCUAGAUUAUAUCAGUGUGCUCUAAAAUUCAGUCUUGAGUGGUAGCAUGUAAGCAGUUGCACAGAGCACCUGGCCUUGAGCCCUUUGGAUGAAUGUUCAGUAUCUGGUUCAGCAAACUAUCAAGGCUUUUCUAGCACUGUGAAGAAAAUCUCCAAGUUGAAACAUUCUGAUUUUGGUGUGUCACAAAAUAUGUCUAGCUGGGAUGGAGUACUUUGAUUAAAAUAUUGUGCUAGUCUACUGUAAUGUGUUCAAGAGAAACAAAAAUUGGGGAGGGGAAGGCUAGCAAUAGCAAUGGGCUGCAUCUGCAAUCUCAUGUAAGGGAAGCUGAGUUUGUGCUUGUUUGCCCAUUACUGAGAGGCGCACCAUAUUUAAAACAAAGCGCUUGGUCUCUGGGUAGCUGAUUUGGUUUGAUUGAAGUGUUCUAUCUGAAUUUGGAACAGUAACUUUAUUAUCAUACCAUCUCUGGAUUUCUGAAGCAAAGGUGUCUCAGCUUUUUCAAAAACGUUGGGCCUGGUUUCACAUAAUCAUUCAAAACUGAUUCUAAUUCCCAGCUCAUAUUAUUACUAUUCUAAGUUUCAAUAAAUGUACUGUCUCCACA